AUGUCGAGAACACAUUUCUCUACCGUCACCUGCCUUCUCUUCUUCGCCCUCGUCAGCAUUGUAACGGCGAUCCCUUCGCAGCUCAGCCUGCUCAGCCCUCGACAGCAACAAAGUGACCAGCCCAUUUGCAGCGAAUACUCCACCAUUGCAAACCUCUCCAUUGUCGGUGCCAAUGCUACAUACCGGUCCGCAUACCUUCAAGCGUCACCUCAAGGCCACGAUCCAGCCAGCGCGCCCCUCGAUUCCGCCAUUCCCAAGCUGCCCAGCUUUCAAUUCAACGCCACUAUCAACACCGAAUGUGGAAAUUUGACGGAGGUGGCCAUCAAGGGUGCUGCGACAAACUUUACGCAAGGACAAGUGUUGCAGUUCAACAUCAAUUCGGCCGUGCAGAUGAGGGCAGGGUCAUUGGGGAUGGCUGUGAUAAUGGCUAUAGUUGUCGCCACGGUCAUCGAUGUACUAUAG